AGCUUCUCCCCCAAACCCCCCUCUUCGACGCUUCCGUCCUGACGCAAAUGCGCAACCGCCUUCCGCAUUGCGGGCUCCUUGGCCCUACCCUAAUCUGUUUCCUAGAGCAUGCGCAGUUGCCUUUUCGGCCAUUUAUGCGCUUGGCGUAGGUCAACAUGGCGGCCUCCGUAUUAAACACGCUGUUGAGGCGACUUCCUGUCAUCUCGUCCUUCCGAAGUGCCUACGGAGUUCAGGUUCCCCUCCAGGCUCUUUGCAACAAAGCUUCCCCUGAGAAAGAUUCUUUGCCCCUAGUUCCCAUUUCACCUUAUAAGAAUGAGCCCUGGAAAUAUUUGGAAUCAGAAGAAUACCAGGACCGCUAUGGUUCUCGCCCUGUCUGGGCUGACUACCGCCGCAACCACAAGGGUGGUAUACCCCCACAGCGGACUCGAAAGACAUGUAUUCGUAAAAGUAAAAUUGCUGGGAAUCCCUGCCCCAUCUGCCGGGAUCACAAGUUGCAUGUCGACUUUAGGAACGUGAAGCUCUUGGAACAGUUUGUUUGCGCUCACACAGGCAUCAUCUUCCAUGCUCCAUACACAGGGGUCUGUAUGAAGCAGCACAAGAAGUUGACCCAGGCCAUCCAGAAAGCCAGAGAUCAUGGUCUCCUCAGUUACCACAUUCCCCAGGUUGAGCCCCGGGACCUUGACUUCAGUACCUCUCAUGGAGCUGUGAGUGCUACUCCACCAGCCCCCACCCUGGUUUCAGGCGAUCCCUGGUAUCCAUGGUACAGUUGGAAACAGCCACCAGAGAGAGAACUAUCUCGACUUCGCCGGCUCUAUCAGGGUCAUCUCCAAGAAGAGAGUGGCCCCCCACCUGAGUCAAUGCCUGAGGUGCCCCCCCACAGCACGAGCUGAAGCCUCCACUGAGCAGACUGGCCCCCACAGUGCUCUGUAGGAGCCGUAGACUGGGAAGGGAGCCAGUGUGCUAGGAGAUAAUGCAUAGGUUUAUGUGAUGUGAUGUCACCCAGAAGAGUUUUGUCUUUUGUGGCCAAUGGCAGACCCAGGAAGUAAAUGAAGGUUGAAGAGGAUAAAUCUGAAGCUGAAGGAAGGCAGUUACACAUGUGUAUAGGAAACCCAACCGCUAUAGAUUGUAAAUAGACGGGCUAAACAUGUUACUAUUUCCGACUUCUGCCAACUCAGCUUUUCCACAAUAAAGCGCUCUCUCUCUCUUGUC